AUGGCGGUCCCACGACAGCGGAUAUUGGACCUCAUGAGGGUUCAAUGCCGCGUCUUCAAUACCACUUACAACCCCGAGCGCCUCCGUAUCGGCUCGCGCAUUUUACACCAGCGCCUCAAAGGUCCCUCGGUCGCAUCGUACUACCCACCCCGAAUAGGCACAAUCAGCCAACUGCGAAGUCUCUACCCUGAGCAACAAAUCAUAGACGAAGAGGAGGAAGAUUGGCUCGAGCAUAUGAACGUUGCCAAGUCAAGAGGAAAGAGCGCACCUAAGAAGAAGAGAACGGCCGCGGAAUCGAAGAAGUUCAACAAGAAGAGAUAG